AUGGCAAAAAAUGUGGCUCCUCAGUCUCCCUUUGAGAAGAACAGCCUGACCUCAAUUGAUCAGCUGGCCUUGGCUAAGCGCUGCUCUCAUGAGGGUGUGAAGGCAGGAGCUAAGGCAGCUGUGGUUGCUACCAUUGCCACUGCCAUUCCAACUAUGGCUAGUGUGAGAAUGCUACCUUGGGCAAGAGCCAAUCUCAAUCCCACUGCUCAGGCACUCAUAAUCUCCACAGUGGCUGGAAUGGCAUAUUUCAUCGUGGCUGACAAGACUGUUUUGGCAACUGCAAGAAGGAACUCAUUCAAACAAGCUGCUAACCGUGAAGCAUGA